AUGCAUAUCUUCACGGAGCAUGGAGAACCUCAAGCUGGCCCCGGUGGCAUUAAGUAUAUCUUCAACGGGGAUUUCGUUGAUCGCGGCGCAUGGGGUCCCGAAGUGCUCCUGGCCAUCUACUGCUUGAAGAUUCGGUGCCCGGACGCUGUUUUCCUGAACCGUGGGAAUCACGAGGACCAAGCGCAGAAUCUCAAGCCAGACAAUGGCUUCGUGCACGGGCACUGCACCCGUGCUUUUGGGGCGGAAGCACAACGCAUCUACUCUCUGUGCAAAACCAGCUUCAAGCAGCUGCCUUUGUGUCAUGUCAUUGGUAAUGAGGUUGCGGUGAUUCAUGGAGGUUUGCCGUUGGAUUGUGGCAUUAAGCUUUCGCUGAUCAAGGCCAUUGAUCGACGACAUCACGUGCCGUUGCACCAGUGCUGCAUUUGGGGCUAUCCAUGCUUCCAGAAGGUUGUUGCUUGCCGUGAUCUGGUGACCGAUGAAGGAGAGCAGGUCUGGAAGGGUACGAAAGGAAAGCUCACCGAGCGUGUUGGCAAGAGCCAGAUUGCCGCCGUUCGAUUUGAGGGACAUGACGAUGAGGUCUAUGUUCGCAUUUCUGGAGCUCCGGAGUUGGAAAAGGAUCUGGAGAUCGUCUACUCUUCGAAGCAAGAGCGGAAAAAGCAUUUAUUAAAUCGUCUCUUCGUUGCUCUGCUCUGGAGCGACCCGGUGGCGAGCAAAGAGUCUGUAGGCCCGAACAAACGCGGUGCUGGCUCAUACUUCGAUGCGCGAACGACACAAGAGUUCCUGCGGUUGAACAAGCUUUCUCUUCUGCUGCGGUCUCAUGAAAAGAGAUCUAAGGGUUUUUUGGAGGAGCACCAAUCCAGCAGAAUGGGGCUGAUGGCUGCAACAGUCUUCUCUGCAAGCAACUACCCAACUGGUGCUGGCGAGCCCUGCGGGAACAAAGCUGCGGUGGUGGUGUUGCGUCAGGAAGAUGGCAAGACCUUGGCCUCCACAAUGGUCUCAUCCACGCCUUGGCGAGAAGCCUAUGAUGAUAUUGCUUAUACCCUGCAAACGGUGAGUCCAGAGAUGAAUGCCAAAUUUCAGCAGGCUGAGGCUACUCAACAGGUGGGGCCACGAGCUCGCGCGAUGGCAAAGCUGCGAGAGCUCAUCUACUGCGCUCGGCCAAAGUUGAUGACCUUUUGGCAGAGACUAGACGAUGCGGGUCAAGGUGUAUUACCAGUUGCGGAGUGGCCCAGAGCGAUGCGCGCCUGUGUGGUGUCAGAUGAUGAAUUCCCCUGGGACUGGUUGAUGCCUAUCAUACUUGGCUUUGAUGCGUCAGAAGAGGUUCAAACCUUUCACUAUGUGGCCUUCUUGAUCCAGUAUGAAAAUGCAUUGUCGCGGAAGCUGGCCGACCAACUGCAUAGUAGUGCGGUGAUGCUGAUGGCAGACAAUGUUUCUUCGAAGGAGGAGGCAGAAGCUGCGUGGAAUUUGAUCGAUCGGAAUC